GCGGGUAGCGAACAGACGUGUUCGGGGGCUCGCCACCCGGCAAUCCUGGGAGACGUCCCAGGAUCAGGGGAGGACCAGGGACGCCUGGUGGACCCCUUGGCAGAGGAUUAUUGUGUUUUGGUCUCACCGCGUCUCGGGAGGCGCGCUCUGCCAUCGGACUCUUUCUUCUAUUUCUACGGCACUCGGUCUCGUCGCCGUUUCUGGUUUCUUUUUGUCUUAGUUGUGAUAGGUCUUUGCGUCGUCGUUCCCCUAUUGGAAAUUUUCGAGAUGGGGCAAGGUGCCCUUACGCCUCUCUCCCUUACUCUAGAUCAUUGGAAAGAUGUCAAAGCCAGGGCUCACAAUCUGUCCAUGGAGAUCAAAAAAGGAAAAUGGCAGACUUUCUGUUCGUCUGAGUGGCCCACAUUCGGCGUAGGUUGGCCGCCAGAGGGAACCUUUGACCUUUCUGUCAUUUUUGCAGUUAAAAAGGUUGUUUUUCAGGAGACCGGAGGACACCCGGACCAGGUUGCCUAUGUCGUGGUAUGGCAAGACCUCGCCCAGAAUCCCCCUCCCUGGGUGCCACCCUCCAGCAAAGUCGCUGUUGUUUCGGGAUCAGAAAAUACUCAAAGGCCACCUACAAGGAAGCCUUCCGCCCCUCCCCAACCCCCCGUCCUCCCGACACCAGAUGACCUAUUUUCUCUCUCUGAACCCCCACCUUACCCGGCGGCUCCGCUGCCCCCUCUGGCCCCUCAGGGAAACAGAUCGGCACCAGGCCGAGCGCCCGGUGAUCCUAGCCCUGAGGGACCGGCUGCGGGGACUAGGAGCCGCCAACCUCGCAGUCCGAGAGACGGCUCCGGUCCUGACUCCACCGUAGCUUUGCCCCUCCGAGCCAUAGGGCCCCCAGCUGAGCCAAAUGGCUUGGUCCCUUUGCAGUAUUGGCCUUUUUCCUCAGCAGAUCUUUACAAUUGGAAGUCUAACCAUCCUUCUUUUUCUGAAAAACCAGCAGGUCUCACGGGACUUCUUGAGUCCCUUAUGUUCUCUCACCAGCCCACUUGGGACGAUUGCCAACAGCUACUCCAGAUCCUCUUCACCACUGAAGAGCGAGAAAGGAUUCUUCUGGAGGCCCGCAAGAACGUUCUCGGGGAUAACGGGGCCCCUACACAACUCGAGAACCUCAUUAAUGAGGCUUUCCCCCUCAAUCGACCUCAAUGGGAUUACAACACGGCCGAAGGUAGGGAGCGUCUUCUGGUCUACCGCCGGACUCUAGUGGCAGGUCUCAAAGGGGCAGCCCGGCGCCCCACCAAUUUGGCCAAGGUAAGAGAGGUCUUGCAGGGACCGGCAGAACCCCCUUCGGUUUUCUUAGAACGCCUAAUGGAGGCCUAUAGAAGGUACACUCCGUUUGAACCCUCUUCUGAGGGGCAGCAGGCUGCGGUCACAAUGGCCUUCAUCGGCCAGUCAGCCCCAGACAUUAAAAAAAGGUUACAAAGACUAGAGGGGCUCCAAGACCUUUCCUUACAAGACUUAGUAAAGGAGGCAGAAAAGGUGUACCACAAGAGAGAAACAGAAGAAGAAAGACAGGAAAGAGAAAAAAAAGAGACAGAAGAGAGAGAGAGGCGGCGUGAUAAACGCCAAGAAAAAAAUUUAACUAGGAUUUUGGCCGCAGUGGUAGGUGAAAGAGGGUCUAGAGAUAGGCAGACAGGGAACCUGAGCAACCGGGCAAAGAAAACACCUAGGGAUGGAAGACCCCCUCUAGACAAAGACCAAUGCGCGUACUGUAAAGAGAAGGGUCACUGGGCAAGAGAAUGUCCCCGGAAAAAGAACAUCAGAGAAGCCAAGGUUCUAUCCCUAGAUGACUAGGGGAGUCGGGGUUCGGACCCCCUCCCCGAACCUAGGGUAACAUUGACAGUGGAGGGGACCCCCAUCGAGUUUCUGGUCGAUACCGGGGCUGAACAUUCGGUGCUGACCCAACCCAUGGGGAAGGUAGGGUCCAGGCGGACAGUCGUAGUAGGAGCGACCGGCAGCAAAGUCUACCCCUGGACCACUCAGAGACUUUUAAGGGUCGGACAUAGGCAAGUGACCCAUUCCUUUUUGGUCAUACCUGAGUGCCCUGCUCCUCUGUUGGGCCGGGACAUCCUGACCAAACUAAAGGCU